AUGGCCUCUCAAUCCAAAGUCUCCCUCGUCGGGCUCCCCUCCAACCGCACCGUCCGCAACCUCGUUCUCCAGCUCACGCAGCUCUACCUCCAAAACCGCUCGCGCAUCUCCCGCGCCGUCUGGAUCACACUCUUCCUCGCCCUCGCGAACCGCAUUCGCCACGCAAUCUCGGAGCAGAAAGCCGCUUCCGCCCGCGAGGCCGCCGCGCGCGAGUCCCGCGCCACCGUCGCCGUCUCGGAUGAGGACAUGACCAAGAAGCGCAAAAAAGUCGAGCUCAACCGCGACUUCUUCCGUUCCCUGCUGCGCUUGCUCAAGAUUGUCAUACCGGGAUGGCGGAGCAAGGAGGCCAGGCUGCUCAUCAGCCAUUCCUUCUUCCUCGUCGUCAGGACGUUGAUCAGUCUCAAGGUCGCGGCCAUGGACGGCGCCAUUGUCAAGAGUUUAGUCAAGGGUAACGGGCGGGAAUUCCUGAUGCGCAUCGUGUGGUGGAUGCUGAUUGCCAUCCCCGCGACGUUUACAAACUCAAUGCUGUCCUACCACCAAGCGGAGCUGUCGCUCAAAUACCGGACGCGGUUGACGCAGCACAUCCACGACAAGUACCUGUCGAAGCUCACCUUUUACGGCAUAUCUGCCCUCGACGACCGGAUAAACAACCCCGACCAGCUGAUUGCCGUCGAUGUCGCCAAAUUCUCAAAUAGCUUGGCCGAGCUCUUUAGCAACCUCGCGAAACCCGUUCUGGACAUGACAAUCUACACGCACUCGCUAUCGCGUAGUGUAGGAGGCGAAGGCGUCGUCUCCAUGGCCCUCCUCGUCCAGCUCUCUGCAAACGUAAUGCGCGCACUCACCCCGCCUUUUGGCAAAUACGUCGCCGACGAGGCCCGCCUCGAGGGCGAGUUCCGCUUCCAGCACUCGCGCCUCAUUGACCACGCGGAAGAGGUGGCCCUCUACUCUGGUCACGAGGCCGAAAAGGACACCCUCGACAAGGGCUACUUCACCCUCAUUAAGCAUGUAAACUACAUUCUCCGCCGCCGCUUCUACCACGGCUUCAUGGAGGACUUUGUUAUCAAGUACUUUUGGGGUGCCCUCGGCCUGCUGCUCUGCUCCGUGCCUGUGUUUGUCAAGAUGCCCGGCCACAUCGCCAUGAACAUGGGCGACCGCACCGAGAGCUUCGUCACUAACCGUCGCAUGCUGCUGUCCGCCUCGGAUGCCUUUGGUCGCAUCAUGUUCUCGUACCGUGAGAUCAUGGAGCUGGCAGGCUACACCUCGCGCGUCGAUUCCCUCCUCGAGGUGAUGAACGACAUCCGCGCCGGCCGCUUUGAGAAGAAGCUCGUCUCUAGCUCGGGCACUGAGGACAACGAGGCCGUUCUCAAGGGCCGUGGUACCGUGGUCGAGAGCAAGGAUAUUCAAUUCAUCAACGUCCCCAUCAUCUCCCCCAACGGCGACGUGCUCAUCAAAGCCCUCUCCUUCUCCCUCAAACAAGGCGACCACCUCCUCGUCGUCGGCCCCAACGGCUGCGGCAAAUCCUCCCUCUUCCGUAUCCUCGGCGGCCUCUGGCCCGUCUACGGCGGCACCGUCCACAAACCCCCCUUCUCCGACAUCUUUUACAUCCCUCAACGCCCCUACCUCUCCCGCGGCUCCCUCCGCCAACAAAUCACCUACCCAGACUCCCUCCGCCAGAUGCGCGCCAAAUCCGUCACUGACGCGGACCUCCUCUCCAUCCUCUCCCUCCUCGGCCUAGAACACCUCCCCGAACUCUACCCGGAAGGGUGGGACGCCGAGGCCGAGUGGCGCGACGUGCUCUCUGGCGGCCUGCAGCAGCGCGUCGCCAUGGCCCGGCUCUUUUACCACCGGCCCCGCUACGCCAUCCUCGACGAGUGCACCUCGAGCGUCACCCUCGAGACGGAAAAGGUCAUGUACGACAACGCGAAGGCGCUGGGCAUCACCCUCAUGACUGUCAGCCACCGUCGCAGCUUGUGGAAGUACCACAGCCGCAUCCUCCAGUUUGACGGGCAGGGUAACUUUGUCUUCACCAAGCUCGACGCCGACCGCCGGCUGAAGCUCGAGGACGAAAAGGAGGACCUCGAGGUCUUGCUGCGACAGGUGCCCGAGAUUGAGAGGCGUAUUGCCGAGUUGAGUGCCGCGUAA